UACAUCUACAACCACCCUUCCCCAGUGGCUGGUUGAGAUACUUCACCCCACCUUCAAAGGCGUGCACAGGCGCUUAGCAAAAUAGCCUUGAUGAUCUGCUACCUACCUGGUAGCUCCGUGGUCUGCACAUCGUGACCGCCGGCAAGCAUGGUCUAGAGCGCUUGCUGCAUGUUUAGGUAGUAUAUACAUCCUUUUGGUAUCUCCCUUGCUUCAUAGAAGAAGAAAAAAAUAGUUGAAGAUUUUACUGUUCUGUUAUCUCGAAUCUUUAUACCAUCUGUUGGUAAUUGGGUUCCGACUCUCUGUACCCGGAUCCCUAGUAUGCGAACGUGUAUGUAAAGGUUGUGUGACCUGCCUUGUGGAGUGAUAACAUCGUCUUGAUAUGGAUCGAGAGACCAUGUCCCGGUAACAGGCGAAUUAUCUUUCUAGACUUACCUUGGCCAACCUGGCUUCUGUGCCAGUACUCGACGUUACUGACGACUAACGACAACUAAUUCAUCGGGGCGGGAAAAAAAAGAAAUACUGUUUAACAAGAUGGCGUCGAAUGGACCCUCUGGAGGGCUUUCUCUCUUCCCCAAUACAACAAGGUCGCCGUCCCGGAAGCCGACACCUCGACCACGCGCUGUCACUCCUCAAUCGUCGUCUCGAGAGCAGGGCUCCUCUUUUGAAAUGACCCCACCGAGGAAUGGUCGACGUACACCAGAGGACCUCUCGGAGUUCGUGAUCGACGGAACACCGGCAGUAGCUAACGGUCCACAAAUGUCUUCUAAUAAUCCCUAUUAUCAGAACGAGGCGGGUCCGUCAGUAUCGCGACCAGUACCUGUGUCAGAAGUGCCGCCUCGGGCCGGCACCGCGUUCUCUGGGACAAGCACGCUGGUGAGAAGCGAUAGUGGACGAUCGCGAAGUUCAAUUGCCAAACAUCCCCUCGAAGAACAAUCCGUACCAUAUGUACCAGAACCGGCUAUCCGUUCAAUAUUUCCACAGUACGACCAUACUCUACCCUUGGACCGUCAGGAGUAUUAUCCUACCCAGACGAGCCCAACUCACAUACCGAGGACCGUUAUCAGCAGACAAUCCCAUGUGCCUAAUGCUCAGAGUCCACCGGUCCGGAGUCCUGUAAGGAGUCCUCUUAGCGCCGGUUCUACACAAAGAUGGCCUAGACGGCCACAGGAACCCCCUAUUAUACCCCCCGUCAACACGACAGACGAGCUCCGCGACUUCUGGAAAGUAGCGAACGGAUGGAAAGCCUCUGCAGCGGAAGGGCGAACGUUUUGUUUGAAGUUGAUACCCGAAAAAGAUACCCCGACUUAUAACCUCACUUCAUCUUCCACGCAACCACUCUACCAUAUGCGAAUAGACCCAACAUCGGCAAGCGCAUAUGUAACGUUAAGCCGACAUGACCCAAGUAAGCCUUAUAAGGGGAAGGAACCGAACGCAAGUCCGAGGUCGUCCGGUGGUAUCCUAGGAGCGCUUCGGGAACCUGAAUCAAAAGCAUGGCAAGAGGCUCUAGCCACCACAUUAGAAGAACCGUCACGCCGUCUACCACCUAAUGACGGUUUAGUCUCCCUAUUGUACCCUAGCGGGGCAACAAAAGUAGCACUCGAGAGACCGGACGAUAUGCAGGCUGUGAUGGCUGCAGAACGAGAGUGUGCAAGGCUCGUCUGGGACGAAGAUAGCCAGAACUAUUUCUUAGUGCAUCCGGCCCUGGCGACACCUUUCUGCAUUACUAUAGACCGGAACCCGGCAUGGAGCCGAACCGAGUACACGGUUGAACAUAUCGAGUCGCCGCAUCAUAUCGCGAAGCUUACGCGGGACGGAACAGGCGAGGGCUGGAUGGAACUGGAUACGCUUAUAGCAGGACGUAUCGACAGCUUUUACAUCCUGGACGUGGCUGUAUGCGCGCUACUUCUCGUCGCCAAUAUCGACGAAAGGAACGUCCUCGUCGAGCACUUCGAACCACCCCCACCAGCACACCUGCGGAGCUCGAGCUCCAAUCCCGACUUCCGUAGGAGCACCAGCCGGCUUAGCGCCAAGAUACUCGGAAAGAAAGGGAGCAAGAAGCGCGGACGUCUUGAAGAGCUAGAGCUAGAUCUCGAAAGCCAGGCUAGUAGUCUAGGUGGCAAGCUGAAUAUAAAAGACAAGGAUAAGGAGCAACUCCCGGGGACUGCGCGAACGAUUGUUAAGUUGCUCAGCUUUGGGUUCAAAUGCGUUAUUUGGGCCCUAACACUGGCGUUCAAGGCACUCAUGGCUCUCAUAGUGGGCUUGAGUAAGUGCCUAACGAGCGAGAAGCUUUGAGCGUGUCAUGAUGAAUACGGAAUGAGGACUUGGGACCAAGGGUGUCAAUAGAGACAAGAAGGGACUACAAUAAGGGACUGUGAAGCGGGAUACCUACAGGCGGAUACGAUACCAUUACCAUUACCAUUACCACAUAGCCCUAUAUGGAUAGUACAUAUUAAUGAAGCAGGCCGGACAUUUCCUCUUCUACGGGUGGGCUGCAGGAUAUAAUGAGAGCUAGCGGAU